CUUUCAAAUGCAGGAAGUUUACAGUUGUUUUCCCGAGCAAUAACUUUAUUGGAUUUUCUAUUACUAAAACGUCGUCAAAAUGGAAGCAGAAAGUUCACAGAGGAAUACCAGCAGGCAAUUAUCUACGUCUUCAGUAGAAGAGAGUGUGCAGAUGAUAAAAUCUGAAAUGAUACCGUGUUUACAGAAUGCUAUGCAAACCCUUCAGAACAUCUGGAGCGAAAUUGGUUUACAAGAAGAUCAGAGAGAGGAGAGAACUAGAUCUGUUUUGUUUCAUUUACGGAAUUUGCUUCAAGAAAUGGUCAGCGAAGAGGAAGAAAUGAAAGCCACUCUUCAAGCAAAUGUGGAAACUUGUACUCAAGAAUUGGAAAAGUUGAGCCAAGAACUUGGAUUACCAGUGGAGAAGCCAGAGAAGCCCAUGAGCAUACUUAUGUUGGAAAAUGACCUGCGCACAAAAGUGGACAACCUGAAACUGGUAUAG